GUGCAUUACCCAGAAUGGCCAGCAGGUCGCGCCAGUGAGCUCCUAUCAUCCAACUGGGUAAAAAAAAAGCAGCCCUGCAUCGUCUUCAUCUUCUUCAUCUUCACGGCAGUGGACGUCAAAGUUGGACGAAAUAAGACACGACGAGAGCUGAAAACAAGUUUUAACUUUUAAAUCCGCUUUUUUUGGGGGGGGGGGGGUCUUAUUUUGUAACGACCGUCAUUCGGGACCAGCCGGCGGCGUUGACGACGUCUGCUCUGGCACGUCCGACGAUGUUUUGGGCUCAGGAGAACGUCGCCAGCCGCGUACGCCGUGAAAUGUUAACAAAGCCGAUGGACGCGGCGUGUAGAAAUUGAACUUUUCCAGGUGUCUGCGGUGAAAUUAAGCGCGGGGCUAACUUCCCAAGUCGGGGUUUGCAAAAAAAAAGGCGUUUUCUGGCGGAGAUUUGAACUGAAAGUAGUCGUCUGGUGCCAGCCUAGCAAAGAAUGUCAUUUUCAUUUUGGUCUAAAAGUACAAACCACGUGCUAGCGUGGAGGUCUCGCGACAUUUCCUCAAGCGGGGGGUCAAAGGUCAGAGCUGAGGAGACUUGCUAAAGGUCGGGGUCAAUCAGAGAUGUCAAAGGUGAGCCGUCCGCUUGUGGUGACGUCAUUUGUCAGAGUGAACGUGCAGUGCGUGCGAGUAUGAAGCCGCUUUAAAAUGGCUGCUUUUUAAGUGGAGAUCUGAAGGCGAGGUUUGGACGCCCAGGAUGAGCCAGGGCCCACACCUGGUGCUCCAGUGGCUCUCCGAGCUCCACCUGGCCCACUACGUGGAGGCCUUCCUGGACAACGGCUACGACGACCUGGAGGUCUGCAAGCAGAUCGGACAGCCCGACCUGGACGCCAUCGGGGUCGGCGUGGAGGGCCACAGACUCCGGCUUCUGGGCGCCGUGCAGCGGCUGAAGGACGAGGAGAAGAAGAAGGUGGCCCCGGGCUUCUACUUCACCCUGGAACCUUCAGCGGGUCACCUGGGGACCCUGCAGGGGUCAGGAAGACCACACCGCCCGUCCUGUCCCGGAAACCAGGACCUGAGACUCACGGACUGUAAGGACUUUGUGACUUAUCCCAAACUCAAACUGAAAGUCCUCAUCAGGGACAAACUGGCCAAGGAUGGAAUCGACCUGGGAGAAGAUCCUUACACCCGCCAGGACGGCUCGGUGGGGAACCUUGAUGAUCUGGCUCUGGAAUAUUCCGGCCAUUACUCCACCUCCCUGGCUGAGGUGAGUGCGAGGAUGGAGGAGCUGCGCAGACGGCGAGUGGUGCAGGAAGUUGCUGAGACGGCAAACCUUGACUCAGCGACCACAUCAGUGCACCUGCGCUCUCACAUCCAGGAAUCCCUCGGACUGUGCACGCCGGACACGGACAGGAAGUUGCACAAGGUCAAGUGUGAGAGUGACUCAGCAUCAGCAGGAAAAUGGAAGUCCUUCUGGCCGAGUGUGCGGAGGUCCCAGAGAGGAGCCACGCCGCACAUCUCCAAGGGUGACUUCCUUGCCAGCGAGAUCACUAUGAGCGACGAGGAGCGCAUCCAGCUGAUGAUGAUGGUGAAGGAGAACAUGAUCUCCAUAGAGGAAGCCCUGGCAAGGCUGAAGGAGUUUGAGGUACAGAACAAGCAGACGUGCAGGUCGGAACCCACCGAGUGCACGCAGACCUCCGACAAGUCGCCGUGCGAGCUGUCGGACGGCGAAGAAGAAGAAGGGAUGACGUUCAGGAGACUCCAUAAGAUGGUCAGCUCCACCAGGAAGGUGAAGAAGAAGCUGAUCAGGAUGGAGGAGGCCAGGAGGACCAGCAGAGAAGAGAGUCAAAGUGGAGACGUGGGCGUGUGGAAGAAACCUUUUAGUCACGUGGACUCGCUGACGUCGGCGCUUCAGGACAACCUCAACUGCGAGGCGGUCACAUGGCGUCCCCCCAGCGCCCCCCUUCAUCAUCAUCAUCAUCAUCAUCAGGAGGAGGAGGAGGCGGAACACACGAGCGACGUCGGCCAGGAGACCAAGAUGGCCCGUUCGGCGACGGACGGAGAGCUGCGCCGCCGUCUCCUCGGCUCGCUGGGCCACCCCGUGAGAGCGUGCAGUUUCGGCGGCUUUGACCUGACCGAGCGCGUGGCGCAGGAAGUCUCGUCCCACAAUAAAGUGAAAGAAGCGGCGAGGUCCCCGCAGAUGUCUGCCGCCUCCCUGGGGAGGAAGGUGAAGUCCGUGAGGGACACCAUGAGGAGGCACAUCACCAGGAGAUACCAGGCGAGUCCGGACGGCGUCCACAGCUGCCCUCACUCGCCUCGCUCGGACUCUUUGGAGAAGAAGCCAGGAGGUUCCGUGGAAAGCCUGAGGAGCUCCUUAAGUUCCAUGAGUACGACCCACAUUGUUUCCACUAGGGAUUGGGUACCGCUCACACCUGAACCCAUACGGUACCGCUUGCCGCUUGCUGAGAACCGAUACCGGCGGUCGGACGGCGAGCACCACCGACUCGUCCAACAGCAACCGAGAGAGCGUCAAGUCGGAGGACGGCGAGGAGGACGAGCCGCCGUACCGCGGUCCGUUCUGCGGCCGCGCUCGCGUCCACACCGACUUCACGCCCAGCCCGUACGACGCCGACGCCCUCAAGCUGAAGAGCGGCGACGUCAUCGACGUGAUCAGCACGCCGCCCGCGGGCACGUGGAUGGGCUUGCUCAAGGGCCAGGUGGGCACCUUCAAGUUCAUCUACGUGGACGUCCUCCACCAGGAGCACGCCAAGCCCAAGAAGACGCGGCGGCGCAGGAAGGCCCGGCAGCCCAAGGCCUCGUCCGUGGAGGAGCUGCUGGAGCGCGUCCAUCUCAAAGAGCACCUCCCCACCUUCCUGUUCAACGGCUACGACGACCUGGACACCUUCAAGCUGCUGGAGGAGGAGGACUUGGACGAGCUGCACAUCAGGGACCCUCGACACCGGGCGGUGCUGCUCACCGCCGUGGAGCUGCUGCAGGAGUACGACGGCAGCAGCGACCCAGAGCGAGGCAGCCAGGAGAAGGCGGCGGUGGCGGACACGCUCGGCCUGGCGGGAGAUUCCCCGCGCGACUCGGGAUGUUACGAAAGCGGCGACAACCAAGACCACGGUAACGACGAACGUCUUACUUCCUCCCGCCAGAUUCGAAUUCUGAGCAUUGACCGCCUGGACGCUGAGAGGCCGCCGUGUUCUCCGUGAGUGCAGGGAAGACAAGCUCACGAAUUGUGCCUACGGAUGCAUGAAUGACUUCUUUAAGUGUGUGUGUGUUUGCACUACAACGAAGUGGUGACAAUGUGUGUGUGUGUGUGUGUGUGUGUCAUCAUAGAUGCUGAGUGUUGGGAAAUUAAA